ACGGUUGACAGUGGAUUCGACGACAAGCCGGCCUGUAGAAUAGUUCUCUGGAACGUGAGUUUGUAUAGCGACCAAUUACAAAAUGGAUAAGAAAAUCGUUCCGGUCGAUGGUGAGUUAAUGGAAACUCUCACCAGAGUCUUCCCCAUCGGAAGCUGCAACGGUUGGGUCUGGGUCGAUGGGUGUUGCCAGCCGAAAACCUUUACAAAACACAUCGAUGUUAUCGAUAAUUUUGAAGUUCGUGACGAUGAUAUUUGGGUGUGCAGUUUUCUAAAGGCAGGUACAACUUGGACACAAGAGAUGGUUUGGUCGAUUUGUAACGAUAUCGAAUCGGAAGCAGCCAAAGUUGACCUUACCGCCAGAUUUCCGUUUUUCGAGUUCAGUUCUUUAUUCGAUCUUCCGGAAGACUUGAAAAACGACGAAAGAGUUCCAGAUUCGUUCGUCGAUAGUUUUCGUUUCGCCGCAAACCUACCGAGCCCGCGAUUCAUCAAGACGCAUCUUCCAUUCCAUCUUCUUCCUCGACAAAUAAGAAACGGAGAGAAGCAGCCAAAGAUGAUAUACGUUGUUCGUGAUCCGAAAGAUACUUGCAUCUCGUAUUUUCAUCAUUCUCUCUUGCUCGAUGAAUUCAAAGGCACCUUUGAGGAAUUCGCUAAACUCUUCCUCGCUGAUCUACUAUAUUGUACACCUUUUUGGCCGCACGCACUCGAGUAUUGGAAGAAAAGAAUAGUAGACAAUGUGCUGUUCCUGACUUACGAAGAAAUGAAAAAGGAUCUCCCAUCGAUAUUGAGGAGAACUGCCAAGUUCUUGGGGAAGAACCUGACCUCAGACGAAGUGGCAGCCUUAGAGAAGCAUCUGAGCUUCGAAAGUAUGAAAAAAAAUCCAGCGGUUAAUAAUGAAUCGCUCGUAAGAUUUUUUCGCGACACGAUGAACACCGGAGGAGAGGGUACUUUCUUACGAAGUGGAAAAUCUGGCCAGUGGAAGACAUAUUUCAGUCCAGAACUCAUUAAGCAAUUUGAUGACUGGACGAGUGAAAAUCUGAAGGGUACGAGCUACUCACUUUGAGGAGAACCGUAGUCUUCGGAGAAUUUUUCUUUGCUUCGUGUACGGAGCGCAAAGAUAAAAUCUCGCAUAGAUAAGUGUCACCAGAUUAUGGAAAAUUUGAAGGAGAGCACGAGAGAUAAUGAACGGUAUCAUAAAAAUCAUUUUUGGAAUCACGCAUGUUGGUCUAUUAAUAAUAAUUUUAUUACAGCAAAUAAAAGUAAAAAAUAAAACUGUG